AUGGAAAGCAUGGGGAUGAUUAAUGGAGCCGUCGUACGUCAGGAGAGCAGGAAGCUGUGGCAAUACAUCUCCGCUAUUUCCGCUUGCAUAUUAGUAAUCGGAAUCGGCACAGCAAUAGCAUGGACAUCACCAGUGUUGCCGAAACUUUCGGCACCCGAUUCAUGGUUGAAAAUCACCCCGGAUCAAGGAUCCUGGAUCAGUUCCUUCCUUCCAUUGGGUGCCAUCGUUGGCGCGUAUCCGGCUGGAUCGAUGGCGGACAAAAUGGGACGAAAGAAAUCACUUCUUUUAUUAUCUAUCCCGUUCCUGGCCUCUUGGGUUCUUAUUCUCAUGGCGUCGGAAGUGAAGGUCCUUUACAUCGCUCGAUUUCUAGUUGGCAUGGGCAUCGGCGCAGGAUGCGUUCUCGGGCCUACUUACAUAUCGGAAAUCGCUGAAGUUUCGACUAAAGGAACCCUCGGCGCGAUGUUCCAGCUGUUCCUCACCGUUGGAAUUUUCAUUGCAUUUAUCCUAGGCAGCUGUCUCAGUUAUUCACCCUUCGCCCUCGCAUGCACCGGCGUCAUCGUUCUCUUUCUCCUUACCUUCUAUUGGAUGCCUGAAUCUCCCGCCUGGUUGGUGGGCCAAAACAGAAAGCAGGAUGCAGCCGCGGCCCUAUCAGUGCUUAGAGGAGACAAUUACGACCAGAAACAGGAGAUAAAUGAGCUGCAGAAGGUAGUGGCGGAGUCUGCCGGCAAGAAGCCAACCAUGUCCGAGAUGAUUCAAUCUCCGGUAACCAAAAAGGCCAUGAUAGCUUCCUUUGGAAUGAUGUUCUUCCAGCAAGCCUCCGGCGUCAAUGCUGUUAUCUUCUACACGGUGACGAUCUUUAAAGCGUCAGGAAGUUCGAUGGCUCCGGAACUUGCAUCUAUCGUCGUUGCUCUAGUUCAGCUGGUGAUGUCAGGUGUCGCUGCGUUGAUUGUGGAUCGCGCCGGAAGGAAACCGUUGCUGAUGAUUUCCAGCAGUGUUAUGUCAGUCAGCCUGAUCGCGCUCGGAUACUACUUCAAGCAGAAAGACGGCGGAAAUGAUGUCAGCGCGCUCGGCUGGCUACCGCUUACUUCCUUAAUCGUCUUUAUGGUCGCAUUUUCUAUUGGUAUGGGACCAGUUCCGUGGAUGCUGAUGGGCGAAGUGUUCUCCCCGGAAACAAAGACGGCAGCGUCUAGUAUGGCAGUUAUGUUGAAUUGGUUUGUGAUGUUCAUCGUUACCAAAACAUUCCCAAUGAUGAACGACGAACUGGGAGCCGAUAUGACGUUUUGGAUCUUCGCCGUAAUCAUGGCUGGCGCAGCGGCAUUUACACACAUGUUAGUACCGGAGACUAAAGGAAAAACGUAUCAGGAAAUUCACAAUGAACUGUUAGGAAGUCGUCGCAACAGUACUAUCUGA